AUGUUGACGGGUCAGAAGAUUGGUAUUGCAAGUGCCAUCUCUUAUUGUGUUGGUGAUAUUGUUGGUUCAGGGAUUUUUGUUUCUCCUACUUCUAUCUUAAAGCAUACGGGUUCUCUUGGAUUGUCUCUUGUUGUUUGGGCACUAUGUGCUGCUAUUUCUUUAUUUGGAGCGUUAUGCUAUAUGGAGCUGGGGACAGCUAUCAAGAAAUCUGGAAAUGAUUUUGCAUAUCUUUCUCAUUUUGGAUGGCGUCCUUUCGCAUCUGCUUUCAUGUGGGUAUCUGCUGUACUCUCUUAUCCGGCCACCAUGGCUAUCCAGACGAUAACACUUGGAGAGUACGUUGUUGCUGGAUUUGGCAGUAGCCUCCAGCUGGAUGAAAGAUCCACGUUCUUUGCCGAAAGACUGAUAGGCUUCUCAGUUUUAUGGCCAUUGAUGCUUCUAAACUUCUACUCGUUGAAAAACGUUGCAGGACGUUUUCAAGUGGUGGCCACGAUUGCUAAAGUAUUGGUUGCUGGCAUCAUCAUAGUUACUGGUUUCUACUAUUUAUGCUUUAAAGGUUAUACUCAAAACUUUCAUCACAGCUUUGAAGGGAGUAGCUGGAGACCUGGAAACAUCGUGCUUGGAAUCUAUUCUGGUCUGUUCGCUUAUAAUGGUUGGGACGUUCUCAAUUUUGGAGCUGAAGAAGUGGAAAACCCCAAAAGAACUCUACCUAUUGCUGCUUUUGCUGGGAUUGGAAUAUCAGCUUUAGUUUUCAUUUCUAUGAACAUUUCAUACUUCACUGUUCUAACUGUUGAUGAGUUUAAAUCUGCUGAUGCUGUUGCUGUGAAGUUCGCCAGCGAAACUUUGGGAAACUUUCAGUACGCUGUACCUUUUCUGAUAGCUCUUUUACUCACAGGAAACCUGAAUUCUACUAUUUUUGCAUGUAGCAGAUAUUUGUAUGCUGGAGCUUUGCGAGGUGUUGUUCCAACAGCUAUCAGGGGUUUCAAUCCCACUUCCAUGUCUCCUAGAGUUUCUAUAUUCAUUCAAGUUUGUGUUGGAAUAGGAAUUUCUUUCAUCGGGAACCUGGAUCAUAUCAUUAGCUACAUGUCAUUUGCUUUGUGGGCACAACGAACGAUGACACAGGCUGGAUUUUUGUAUUGGAAAUGGAAAGGAUGGUUGGAUGGACCAGAUGUUUUCAAAGUUCCAUUCUUUGUUCCAUGUGUUUUCUUUUGCAUUUGCUUAGCUCUGCUUAUCAUACCAAUUGUUCAAGAUUUUUAUGUGGCUAUUUACGGUCUUUCUCUUAUUGUGGUGGGAUUCAUAAUUUAUUUCCUUUUUAUCUAUCCAGCCACAGUGCCAAAGUUUUUGAAACGAAUCGACAGUUUUCUACUCAAAGUGUCUCAGAUAGUUUUCAACUGCAUUCCUGCAGACCUCGUUGUUGAUGACGGCAUGGAGAUGAUCCCGUGCAUCAAUGAACACAAAACUAAAGUUUGA